CAAUUUACCACAACAUCAACAUUUCUUCUCAAUCUCUCACACCCUCUCAAAGUCCUUAACAAUGGUGCUCACCCUAUCCAACCAAUUCCUAACAAAACUCCCACCAAAAACCCCAACUCUUCCAAAACCCUCAAAUGCCUCUUCAUCAUCUUCAACUCUCCGUCCACAAUGGAGCUGUCGUAAAAAGGAUAUCCACCCCGAAUUCUACGAAGAUGCAAAAGUCUAUUGCAAUGGUGAACUUAUUAUGACAACUGGUGGUACCCAGAAAGAGUAUACAGUUGAUGUUUGGUCGGGUAAUCACCCUUUUUAUCUGGGUAAUAGGUCUGCUCUUCUUAUUGAUGCUGAUCAAGUGGAGAAAUUUAGGAAGAAGUUUGCUGGGUUGGAUAAGAUUAUGGAGAUUCCUGUUCUUAAGGGUGAGAUUGUUCUUCCUCCUAAAAGGAAAGCUAAGGGCAAGAAGAAGUGAUAAUGUUUGUUUCUUUAACUUUAAUUUGUGUUAUUUUGAAAAUGUGUUGUUUUUAUGAUGGUAAAUUUUAUGUGAAUUCUUUGUAAUGUUGUUGGUGAAUGAAAAAAAAAUUGAAAUUUAAAUGUUUGUUAUGGGAUUUUUGUUUAAAGGUGAAGAAAUGAUAGAUGAAAUGUUUGUAUUUA